AUGUCUUGCAUCAGCCUUGCAACUGCCCCAGUGCGGAACCCAAAACUUGCCGUUCAAAACCACGUCCCUGACACUGCCUCCUCGCCCACCACAGAAAUCAGCCACCACGAAGAUGGACUACUGCGGAGAUUCAGCCAGACUACCCUUGAGAGACAUGCCUCGAAAGCGAAGAAGAGGGGCGGUUCUCUGUUUGGAUUUCUGUCAGUGAAGGAGCCCUCGACGCACGCCUUGGAGCAGUUCGCCGAGUACCAAAGAAAACAAGAGCCAACUGGCGUAAAAAUGCCGGUGACUGCACCAAGAGUGAGCUCGAAGUGGGAUGCACUCCCACUAGAGCAACACAAGGUGGAGGGAUUCACACAACACGGCAGUCACCACGCCUCUACCCCCAACGGCACCAGAAGGCAAGCGCACAACAGCAACAACAACACGGCAACGCCUCGCUCACCCUCAAGCUCAAGUCCUCACGCCCUCCGCGCUCCCAACCCAGCCCUCUCACCAACCGCCACCCAAUCUCACCCCGCGCCCACCAGCAGCGCAACGCCCACCCAGCAGGCCAGCAAAAGCGGCCACCUCCCCCCCACCACCAUCACCAGCAGCACAACCCGUCAAAAAAACGCGCCCCCCUUCCUCCCCGCCGCGCAGAACCUCGCAGCCAUCGCGCCAUGGGCGGAGCCGCCAUCGCCAGACGCGCGCCCCCCUCGCCCCCGCCGCACCACCGCCACCGACGCCGCCCUCCCGCCUGAAGUCUACUUCCCGGAGACGUCGGAGGCGUUUCUCGUCAGCGGGGCGCAGGCGGCGGGGCUGGGGCGCGGCAACGACGGCAGCAGCGCGCUCGCAUCCCCGUCUACUUCUACUGCAGUGGCGCAGAAGCUGCCUCCCGCCUCAGCCACGGCGACGGCGUGCCUGCGCGCUGCUAGUGGCCCGGCAACGCCUACAGGCCCUGGCAGGACUUCUGCGCUCGGGAGGAGCAGCUCGCGCUCCACCACCACCGGCACCGCCAGCACCACCAGCACCACCACUAAGGUCGAGAUGAGCAGCACGCAGCGCCCAGACGAGAAGAAGCGGAAAGGCCGAUUCGGCAAGCUAGCCGGCAAGCGCUGA